CAGAUUGGAGAAUUAAGCAGUAGUAUAUAGUAGGAUGGGAAAAGAUGGGACACCUUUAGUACAUAGUAUUAAAAUAACCUGAUUCUCUUUAAUUAUUUAACAACGGUCUGUGGGAGUCGUGAGAAUACAAUUUUAGAAUUCAUUAAAUGUUUUUUUUGUUUACUACCAAAUGAAAUGAGAAUAUAGAAUGAUAGUGUAUCCCAUCCUACCCCACUUUACUAUAUAUAUAUAGUAGGGCGGGGAAAGAUGGGACACCUUUAGCACAUAAUAUCUAAAUAUCCUGAUCGUGUUUUAAACAAUUACUAACGGUCAAUGGGAGUCAUAGGCAUAUAGUUUUAUAAUUUCUUGAAUGUUCUUUGUUUACUACUAAACGGGGCGAGAAAAUAGAGGUAAAGGUGUCCCAUCUUCCCCUACCCUACUGUAGUAACGAAGAAAACGACACAGUUUUAUCAAUUAUAAAUCGUAUGAAAACCUCUUUCAAGCGGUAGGUUGGGCAAAAAUGAAAUCGUUGUUGCUUUUAAGUUUAGUGUUAUAUUAUGCAGCAAUCAGAACCAUAGCUUGUCCCGAUUCUUGCGUUUGCACAAAAAACAGACGAAGAGUUCUGUGCUCCGGUGUUGCCAGUGUUUCAGAUGAAAUACCUGCGAACACACAAGAGCUUAUAUUCAAAGGAAGCCGACUGGGAACACUGGUAUCUGGCACUUUUGAAAACCUUCCAACUCUUGCAACGCUUGUGCUUAGUAAUAACAAAAUUACCGAAAUCGAAAGAGGGGCGUUUCGUGGGCUUGUUAAGCUACGUCAACUUAAUUUGAAAGGAAAUUCUUUGACUGCGUUGACGCCUGGAACUUUUCAUGGACUUGCAAGGGUUAUCAAGACAAUUAACCUUGAAAGGAACAAUAUUUCCGAAAUAGCCGACGGUGCAUUUUCCGACUUAAAAAAAGCGAAUUUGAAUCUGCUUUCUCUCGCAAAGAACAGUUUGACGGCCAUAACACCGGGGGCGUUUAAAGGUCUCGCCAAACUGAAGACGUUAGUUUUAAGCGACAACCAAAUCAAUGCCAUACCCUCAGUGGCGCUUGCACCGUUAAAAAACCUGAGAAAAUUACAAGUGGAAAAUAAUGAGUUGUCGGAUUUCCCAUUUGUUGCGAACUUUUCGUUGCUUUUUCUUGUGAACCUGUCCGGCAACUUUAUCACAAGGCUUCCAGAAGAUGCAUUUCGAGGUUAUACCAGGUUGACAGACCUUGAUUUAUCCAACAAUCGUAUCUCAAAUGUGGCUUCAUUUUCAAAUCUGCCAAGACUGGAAACACUGAAUUUAUCAAACAAUAAGCUGGAAACACUGCCAGACAUGUCUAAAUUAACUGGGUUGAAAGAAUCAGUGUUGACCAACAAUUUUUGGAACUGUGACUGCAAUUUGCAGGAUUUUCGCAGAUGGAUAGAAGAAACAGAUAAUGACAUAAUAUGCUCCACUCCUCUUCCCCAAAACGGAACAUCUUUAAAAUCUUUAGAAAUAGAAGAUCUAGUCUGCCCUACUACGGCACCAAUAGUAGCAGUAAUCUCAAAUUCCACUAUUCAAAGUCCUUUUUUCUGUCCAGAUGAUUGUGUUUGUUCAGAAAGCCUUUUGCAUAUAAAUUGCAAUGGACAGCAACUCAGAUCUGUCCCACAUAGAUUACCUGCUACUACAUCAUUGCUGGAUUUGAGAAGGAAUAGGAUUCAAUUUCUAGAAACACAUUCCUUCAUACUGACCCCAAAUCUUAUAUCUCUUCACUUGCAAUACAAUGGAAUGACAAGAAUAGACGCUAGUGCCUUUGCUGGCUUACGAAGCCUCAUAUAUUUGUACCUUAGCAAUAAUAGAAUAGACGACAUAGACAAAGACUCAUUUUCAGAUUUGGAAAAUCUUUCAUAUUUGUUUCUGGACCACAACAGAAUUGGGUUUCUGCCAAGUGGUAUAUUCCGACCAUUAGUUUCAAUAUAUUCUGUAUACAUACGACAUAACAUGUUGAAUGAAUUGAAUGGUAACACCAUGCAAGGUCUACAAAGAGUGAGAUGGCUAUAUUUCUCACAAAACAGAAUAAUUAGGGUUGCGAAUAACACGUUUGCUGAAUGCAAAGGUUUGCAAAAGCUCGUCUUAAAUGGCAACCAAUUGACAUCAUUACCACAAGGCUUGCUACAUGGUCAACGAAUUUUAAACCAUUUUGACAUUAGUAAAAACUACAUAGAAGUUGUGCCAGAUGGUAUAUUCAGUGGCACAAUGCUAUUAGAGACACUCAACAUGACUGACAACCAAAUACACACAAUUGGGCAAGGCGCGCUUGAAAAUUUAGAACGCCUAAGGGUUCUGGAUUUAAGCAAAAAUGAGUUAACAACUUUGGUUGGUUUGCCUACGACUAUAAAUAAUGCUCUUUUUUCAAACAACCCUUGGCAAUGUACGUGUGAUAUUGUUCAAUUACAUAAAUGGUGCCGUGCAAGGCAGUUAACAGUUAGUGGAGUAAUUUGUGAAGCACCUGCAACCUUAAAAGGCACUGACUUGGCUGAUAUUCCAAUUUCUGACCUUGGCUGUAAAAGAAGACUGAGUCAGUCUACUGAAAUUCGACCAGAAAAGAUGAACAGAAACCGUAACAAAAAAACUUCUAUUACCCGACAAAACAAAAACCAAAAUAACACAAAAAGCAGAAGACAUAGAAAACGCCAACAUUAAAAAAAACUUGGUUUAGGAAGUUUAAGUAUUGGUUAAAAAUGAAUGCCGUUGUCAUGUUAUGUAUUAUUAUGUUUUAUUAGUCAAUUUAACCAUAUAAAAAACUCAAUCUAUUGUACGAGAAUAUGCCCUUUAAACACAAACUGCUAAAUAUUUUGCUGCAAAUUGUCAAAAAGCUGCUGAUAAAAAAAGGUUCUAACAUAAUGUAGAAAAAUAUGUUGGCUGUAAUUAAACAAUAUUUUAGUGCUGCUUAAGUCUUUUGUUUUUAUUUUUUGAAUCAGGUUGCAAUAUGCUGUACUUUAUGGUGUUAUAUUCUAUGUUAAAUAGGCAAACUGUGAACCAAUGUACAUUUUUUUAAAGAUAUUGGUAAUUUUAACUUUCGUAUUACAAAAUAAAACAGUGUUAUAUUAUUCUAAACCGACAAAUGGGAGUUUUCAGUUAUUUUUUUUCUAGUUAUUUACUGUGAAAUAUGUACAUUCUCUGCCACAUUAUCUAAAAUAUUCAAUGUGUUAUGUUUUUCUAGGAAAAAAUAGUUUUUAUAAGUGGAAAAAUGUUUCUUUGCCCACCCAAUUUUAUCUUUAAAAAUAUGUAAAUUUGGUUGCCAAAUACAUACACAUUUUAUGCUUUAAAAAA